CUUACGUCAUAACCACGUGAUUGACUUGACACAGCUGACGUGCUAAAUCUGAAUAAUAUUAUAAUAAUAAGCUAUUCGUUUAUAAUGCGCACACAAUAUACUUCCGUUAUAAUCAUUCAAAAUCAAUAAUAAUUUGGUGAUUAAGUACAAAAAAGUGUUAUACGAAAUAGCAUCCGUGUCAAAUUCGAUAUCACUGCGUGUUUACCUGACCUAAUCACAUUAUGUGAUCAAGGUGAGGUUAGCCAACUAUUUUAUAUUGAACUUUUUUUUUUAUUGGUGAAUCUGAUAUACCGCAUGCAAGUUGAAAAUGAACAGAAAUUUGAGAAAGAGAAAGGCUCUCAUUAUCAUCGAUGAUAAUGAUUCCGAAGAUGAAGAUACCAAUUCUCGCAGGAAUAAAGUAACACAGGAAGACGACUCAGAUCUAGAAGUGGUGUACACAUCCAGUCAACAAGCAAAAGGUAAACACCAAAUUCCAAUAGCAGUUAACGAUGGUGACAAGCCGAAACAGAAUGCAAUAAUGAUUGAUGAAGAUACUACGACAUGUAAGACCAUUUUAAAAGAUGCAACAAGAAACAGGAUCACAAUGACGAAACAAAAGAGACAACUAAUGUCGUCUAAGGAAAUCACAAUUGAUGAUGAAAGCGAUGAGGGUAUUGAUUUAAAAAAUUCAAAGCCUAUGGUAAUAAAGAGAAAAAAAAAAGAAUCCAGUGAUACAAUUUCUAUUAAAAAGCAAACAAUGACAGUCAUUCCAUCAUCAUCAAAAAAGGAAUCGUCACAAGAGAUGAUGUACACAUCCAGUCAACAAGCAAAAGGUAAACACGAAAUUUCAAUAGCAGUUAACGAUGGUGACAAACCAAAACAGAAUGCAAUAAUGAUUGAUAAAGAUACUGCGACAUGUAAGGCCAUUUCAAAAGAUGCAACAAGAAACAGGAUCACAGUGGCUAAACAAAAGAGACAACUAAUGUCAUCUAAGGAAGUCAAAAUUGAUGCUGAAAGCAAUGAAGGUACUGAUUUGAAAAAUUUGAAGCCUACGGUAAUAAAGAGACAAAAAAAAGAAUCCAGUGAUAUAAUUUCUGUCAAAAAGCAAACAGUGAGAGUCAAACCAUCAUCAUCGAAAAAGGAAUCGUCAGUACUUAUAGAAGAAAAAGAUGCAUUGUUGGGGAAAGCUGAAAAUGAGAAGUUCAAUGAUUAUGAAACUGAUAAUUUUGAUGGCAAAUUACAAGUUGAGUGGUCAGAGUCUGAAUAUUUAAGCGAGUUCAAUAAUAUUGAUAGAACAGUUGCUGAAAAUAUAAUAUCUCUGUUUGAACAAGAUAAUACUAUACCAUUUAUAGCUAGGUAUAGGAAGGACAUGACACGUGGAAUGGAACCAGAACAAUUACGAAGCAUCAAAAACACCUGGGAUAAUCUGAAAGCGAUUAAACAACGAGCUAUGUUCAUUAUGAAAACUAUUGAUAAGUUGGGUAAAUGGAGUCCAGAAAUUCAUUCUGCAGUCAGAGCUGCUAAAUCCUUGAAUGAAUUGGAACAUAUCUAUGCUCCUUUCAAAUCUGGAACAAAACGUUCUUAUGCCGAGAGAGCAAGAGAGUUGGGUUUGACUCCACUGGCCGAAAAUAUUUUGAAAGGGCGAGCUAUAGGUGCCCUGUCUUCUUUUAUCGACCCCAACAGAGCAGGUCUUAAUAAUGAGGCUGAAGUAAAACAGGGUAUUGUACAUAUUAUUGCAGAUGUGAUCAGCAAGGAUAGAAUGACAUUUGAAGGGAUACAUGAACUACGUAAAUCUGUGAUUAUAAAUAUAGAGACAUGCAAAUCAAAGGCUACUAGUUCUUUGAAGCACACCAAUAACAAAAAAUUCAAGGCUGAUGCUAAAAAAUAUGAAAAGUACUAUAACUUUGUAUCAUCAGAAAAAAUUAUCAAAGACUAUGAAAUCCUGGCAAUCAACAGAGGAGAAUCCCAAAAAAUUUUGACUGUAAAAAUCUCCAUUCCAGACUGGUUUCAGCAUAAAUUAAAAGAAAUUUGUCUCAAAAAGUAUAACUUCGUCAGAAAGGUUUCAAAUUUUCAUCACCAUAUCCUUGAAGAGAGUUUCGAAGAUGCGUAUAUAAGGCUUAUAAAACCCCUUGUUAUUCGCCAAGUAAGACACGAUCUUAACGAAAAUGCAGAAUCUGCUUCUAUUGAGGUCUUUGCUCGGAAUUUGAAAAAGCUACUGUUAAUUCCACCUCUGCGUGGAAAAACAGUCCUUGGGGUUGACCCAGGAUUUACCCAAGGUUGUAAAUUAGCUGUGGUAUCUCCAUGUGGAAAUGUCUUAGAUACAGCAACGAUAUAUCCACAUACUAGGUCUAGGUCAAAUAUCAAUGAACAAGUAAAAGUCCUUGGAGAUCUUAUCAAAAAGUACAACUGCACAAUUGUCGCUCUUGGAAACGCGACUGCUUGUAGAGAAACUGAGAUACUUUUAAGUAAUUUAAUUCAGGCGGGCACUUUUGCUCCCCUUGAUGUUUCUUACACAAUUGUCAAUGAAGCAGGUGCCUCGGUGUACAGUUGCGGCAGUGAAGCCAAGUCCGAAUUUCCAGAUCUUGACCCCAACAUCAUAUCAGCGAUUUCGAUAGCUCGACGACUUCAAGAUCCUCUUGCUGAAUUAGUUAAGGUAGAACCCAAGCAUCUUGGCAUUGGAAUGUAUCAACACGAUUUACCAGAGAAACGGCUACAACUGACAUUGGGCGAGGUGAUAUCAGAAACGGUUAGUUUUGUUGGAGUUGACAUCAACACCGCUUCGCAUUGUCUUCUGAGAAGAGUAGCUGGUCUGAAUGCAAGUAGAGCAGCAAGUAUAAUAGAAAAACGUAAGCAAUGUGGGCCAUUUCAAAACCGACAACAAUUGCUGAAGGUGAAAGGAAUAGGAAAAAAAUCUUUCGAGCAGUGUGCUGGGUUUAUCCGAAUUUUACCAGAAACUGCGGGUAUCGAUCUUGAGUCAUUGAAAGAAUGCUCUUUUGAAUAUUUAGACCAGACAUGGAUUCAUCCGGAAUCCUACAAUAUUGCCAAACGAUUUGUGAAAUUCUUGGCGUACGAUUUGACUGAAUUGGGGUCAGAACAAUUUCAUGCAAAGAUGUCGUUUUAUGCCAAUAAUGAAAAUUACAAGAUUUUUGCGGAACAGUUUGGCACAAGCGAGACUUCUAUGGAUGUUAUCAUCAAGGGAUUAAUGAUGAAGAAAGGAGAAGAUAUUAGGAUUAAGGAAGAUGCACCAUUGUACCGUAAAAAUUUACGAUGCAUAAAUGAUUUAAGUGUCCACAUAAACUUGACCGGCUCUGUUAGAAACGUUACAAACUUUGGUACUUUUGUAGAUGUAGGCGUAGGUAGAGAUGGCCUUAUACCGAUUAGUAAAUUGAACGGACAAAUUCUUAGCUUGGGUCAGAGAGUCGAAGUGACGGUAUUAUCCAUAGACAAACAACGAGAAAGAAUAGUUUUAAUGCUCGCAAAGUGAAAAAGAUUUGAGCUUUCAUUGUAAUCAAUAUAUCACAUAUUUAUUUUUAUAACAUUACAUGCUGGUGCAUGGGUUAAAGCACAUCCACGAGAAAGUGACAUCCAUCAUUUGUAUUGCCGGCUUAUUUCUUUGGUGGGUGAAUUACUAAAAUCGAAACAUUCGAAGUAUCCACAAGACUGAUUAUUACUCGUGAUAUCAUCUCUAGUUUUUUUUCAACCUAGUUAUUCAUCUCACGUGUUACUCUGAUUAUGUGAAUAAAUAACUAUGUUUGAUAUGCCACAACAGAUCAUUGGCUUCCGAAGUGCUCCAUCUUUAUAAUUUA